CAUCCGCUCGCUUGUCGGCACUGUAACCCGUCUAAAGGUGAUCUGACACCUGGCCCAGCCGUGUCUGAAUUGUCUCAUCCAGUCUUCUUGCCGUCGGAUGCCUUUUACUCCUCGACAGGUUCGCCGCUCCUACCCAGGCCCUGCUAG